UGUUAAUUGCUUCGGGGUUCCUUUCUUUGUCACUACAGAUACUCCAACUUAGAGCAGAAGAAACACAAACAGUAAAAUAGAUCGUAAACAAGUAGUUUGUUUUCCUUGUUAGAGAUUCAAAUUGUGGGAUUUGAAAACUAUUCAAGUUGGCUGACCUUCCAGUUGCAUUAGUGAUGCGAAGCAAUGGCAAGUCAUCAAUAGGUAUUAUAUUAAACAUGAAGGAAAAUUGUUGAGGCAUGAAUUGUCACACAGCUACAACAGUAUAAGUUGUUAGAUUCCCUAAGCCAACAAACCAACUAGACUGUUUUUUCAUUACUGAAUAAACACUUGACUUCUGUUUUUCUUACUUUGUUAUCUUAGUUUGGACAAGGCGCCUUCACUAACUAUGCUCUUUAAUUUUUCCUGGUGCUCUACAGGAAAUAUAAGAAAAUAAUGGAGUUAUGAAGUUCUUGGCAUAUUUCAGAGGCUACACGCACAUUGCGGAGAAGGCUCUUUCGUCAUAUAUGAUGUUUUCCCUUUCUUUUUUUUCCUUCUGUUGAUAGCUCUGGAAUAAUUAGCAUCUAGGCCCUGACCAGCUGCUUGGAUGCCACUGGGAUCAUCUUCCUCUUCGAUGCCGCUAUCCUUCCCUUCUCCCUUACCCUCGGUACCAGACAAUAUUUCUAACUCUUCCCCUCCCCCAAUGUCUUACAUCACUUCCCAGGAGAUGAAGUGUAUUCUUCACUGGUUUGCCAGCUGGUCAGGUCCUCAGCGUGAACGUUUCCUACAGGACCUGGUAGCUAAGGCAGUACCGGGAAAAUUGCAGCCACUGCUGGAAAGUCUGGAGCAGCUUAGCGUGUCUGGAGCAAACCGACCACCUUGUAUCUUUGAGUGCCAGCUACGUCUUUGGGAUCAGUGGUUUCGAGGUUGGGCUGAGCAGGAGCGCAAUGAAUUUGUCAGGCAGCUGGAGGUCAGUGAGCCAGACUUCGUGGCAAAGUUUUACCAAGCAGUGGCUGCUACCGCUGGUAAAGACUGAUAGGCCUUAAAAUCAAAGAAGAUAACCAGAGCUAAUGGAGCCGAGGCCACAACUUUACCAUGAGAGCUUCAAAUGUAUCACUUAAAGGCCUGGGGAUGGUGUCCCGAUCAGCUGACUGAACUCGCUGACCAGUACAGGCCUGGUGAUUUCAACAGCCGAUCAGCUGGACUCCUAGUGUGAAUGUUUUCCAUCUAAGCAAAUCCAGGUCAGCAGUCUUUCUCCUAGCUUACUUCUUUCCAAGAGAUGUCAAACCCUCAAGAAUUUAAAGACUUCUUUUACAACUAUAACCGAAAGGAAUCUACACAUUAUAACUCAAGCCUACUGCUGGCCCAUAGGGGUAUAAAGUAGAGCCCUUGUACUCCAGAAACAAGAGAGAAGGACAAUAAAAGGUCAUGUUUUUAUAAUUUAGCUGGAUUCAGAUGGCUGCUUUCACCACUGUUACCAAAUUCUGGCAUAAUUAUGUGAUAUCCCAACUACUAGCUUUCCUAGUGAUGAUUUAGUAAAAUUAUGGAAAAAUCAGGAGAUGGAGAUAAUUAGCUGCUCCUUCCUCCACAGUGAUGUUUGUUUGAAUCCAAGUAGCAAUGACUUUUUUCUAAAGUAUAUGUGACAUCCUUGGAGCUGGUAUCAGAUGUUCCUAUUCUAUAAGUUUGCUUUACAAUAAUAUGAAAACAAGUGACAUUCUUUACAGGUUGAAGGGUUUAUUUUUUGUAUCAAAAUAAAGAACAAAU